AUGGACGACCUCAAGAAGCUGCUGCGCGAGCGUGACCACCUCGACUCCAAAAUCGCAUUGGAAGAAAGUAUCUUGAAGCAGCUGAUCCGACUGGCCAAUGAUAGGAAGGCCCUCCAAGCGAAGAUUGCUGAGUCACUGGAGGCUGCCCACGCUGAUGAGAGACUCCGGAAGGAAGCCGGCGCCUCCGAGCUCGAGACUCAAAAGGAAGAUUUCGAGAUUGUCCAUCGCACUAGUAAUGACCCCUUUGCCCGUGUGAUCAAUGUGUUGCCUGGUGGCCCGGCUGAUGAGGACGGUUUGAAAGAAGACGAUUACAUCCUUCAAUGGGGCCCGAUUCACCGUGCCAUUUUCACGGGCAUCGUCGGUAUGGCUGAAGAAGCGAAGAAUGCUGAAGGGACGCUCGCCUCAUUCGUCUUCUUCCGGCUACUUCAAUUCGUUGUUAGGUGGUAUCUCUUUGGAAAAUGCACAUUCAGGACAUUUUCAUAUUUUGGCUUACGAGGUAGACGACAAUCGGAGUUGAAUGAUUCUACCGUACUCUCGAUUAUUCCCCCUAAUAAGAAAUGGCGAAUUUGCAAUGAGGCUGUCUCGUUGAUACAUUCGAUUGCAUCGGGCUUGUGGGCAGCUUACGCGCUCCUGUAUUUCCCGAAUCUCCUCAGCGACAUGAUCAAUUACCGUUGCGACGUCGGCGUCAACUUGCUAUUUUUAUCGGCUGGUUAUCUUAUUCACGAUCUGGCUGACUUGCUAAUAAAUGAGCGCUCAAAGCGAAUCCUCGAGUUGCUGUUCCACCAUUUCAUCGUGCUCCUCGCCUUCGCAACUACCCUGGUCACCAACAAGUUCCUUGGCGUCGUGAUUUGCGGUUUGCUGAUGGAGUUGAACUCGAUCUUCCUACAUUCACGCUCGAUGCUCAAUUUGUACGGGACGGACAAGAAAUCGCCACAAUUUCGCAUGGUUGCCUUAUUGAACAUGGUGACGCUGAUCGUUUUCCGGAUGGCCGUUUCCGUCUAUUUGUUUUAUUGGAUGGCCACCAACUUCAAUUCGAUGCAAUGGCUCGAGGCGAUCCCGACGGUGUUAGUCAUCUCCUCCCUCUGCACGACGAACACAGUCCUCGCCUACCGUGUGAUGGCCGCCGACGGUCUUUUCGGUACCUCUCGUGCCCGCAAAAACGCCAAUCCCGGAGCAGUCGACGGUCCCGAGGGUGAACUCUCUUCCGAAGACGAGCAAGAGGAUGGACCUGGCGCUCCAGUUGAGGUUGCCGUCCAAACGCCAAACGGAGAGGUCAACACUACCGUCUAUGCACACGUCGAAACACACGACAUUCCCCCGGUG